UCUCAUUCCCUAGUGCAGCGAUGUGCAUCACACACUGAGCUGCCAGGCUUCGGUGGGUCCCUGUGACUUUGUGUCAUAACCUUCAGCGGGCACAUGCAGCUAGGCACAUGUUCACCUGCUUGCAGCUACGGACUGAUGUGGGAGAGGAGCCUCCCGCUCCUUGACUUAGGGUGUCCUCUGUGCCAGAGCGAGGGAGGGAGUGGCCGAGGCAGAGGAGAGCGGAGCAGGGUGGAGAAAGGGCCGGCAGUGGAUGCUGUGCAGCUGGCACAGGUCAGUCUCAGCCGGAGCUCAGCCGCUCACUUGGCCGGGGAAGAGGCGGCGGCCGGCUGACAGCUGCAUCCUGCACCAGCUAGUCCCUUGUUUGCCCAUCACUUCCAGGAGGGGGAGGCGGAGGGCAGGGGACCGGUCCCGGCUUGUAACACCGGCGGCGCCGUGCGGGCUGCACUCAUGCAAACCACCUUCUGCCCCAGCCCGGCGAGGGAGAGCGCUGCACCCCGCAUGAAUGACGAAUAUACUCCAUCUGAAGCAUAAAAGUACUUGAUUCUGGAAAAGCACGUGAAAACACCUUUAGCGUUAAAAUCAGGAAGAAGUAUGAAAGAACAGUCUGUCUGAUACUGAAUUUCUGGGCCUCAACAUCUUGCAGAGAACAAAAAAUGGCUUUUUCUAAAAACAUUGUUGCAAGUAUCCUUGAAGAAUGGUGUUUGGAGGAACCACUGUUUAGGUGUAGAAGGCAACAGAAUGUCAGGAAAAAAAUGAGACUGAUACGAAUAAUAGGUCUUUUCAUGAGUAUAAUGGCCAUUAGCACUUUCUCUCUUUCAAUUAGUGCCUUUUUCAAGAUGGAGCCACAUAACACAGAGAUGACCAGCAGUCUAGGUAACCAAAAGUCAAUGCAUGGGCAUCAAAGAACUCUGUUGGAUGUCAAGGAACAGAAUCAAAAUGGCACUCCAGAUCCACCUAUUUCUAUGAAAUAUGAAACUGAACACAAUAAUGCAAAAGAAGAACACUCCAAGGGAGAGUACCCAAAAGACCUUUUUUCUCUUGCGGAAAGAAGAAGGGGGGCAGUAAUCCUCCAUAUCCUGGGAAUGAUUUAUAUGUUCAUAGCCUUAGCCAUAGUCUGUGAUGAGUUCUUUGUUCCUUCACUGACUGUCAUCACUGAGAAGCUAGCCAUAUCUGAUGAUGUGGCUGGGGCAACAUUCAUGGCUGCGGGUGGCUCAGCUCCAGAACUCUUCACUUCUUUGAUAGGAGUCUUUAUAUCUCACAGCAAUGUUGGCAUUGGAACAAUAGUAGGAUCUGCAGUAUUCAAUAUCCUGUUUGUUAUUGGAAUGUGUGCUUUAUUUUCUAGAGAGAUCUUGAACCUUACCUGGUGGCCACUCUUUAGGGAUGUGUCCUUUUAUAUCAUGGACUUGAUCUUGCUAAUAAUCUUUUUUUUGGAUAAUUUAAUCAUGUGGUGGGAGAGCUUAACACUACUGACAGCUUAUUUUUGUUAUGUGACUUUCAUGAAAUUCAACGUUCAGGUAGAAGAAUGUGUGAAAAAAAUUUUAAACAGGAACAAAGUUGAGAAGGUAACAACAGCAGAUUCUGAACAAAAGCCACCUAAUGCUGGGGACAAGGAUGACCAAACACUGAUGACCAAGCCACGUCUCCAGCGAGGCGGGAGCUCUGCAUCUCUUCACAACAGUCUAAUGAGAAACAGCAUUUUUCAGCUGAUGAUUCACACGCUUGACCCACUUGCCGAAGAGCUUGGAUCAUAUGGAAAGCUAAAAUAUUAUGACACAAUGACUGAAGAAGGAAAGUUCAAAGAGAAGGCCUCAAUCCUUCAUAAGAUUGCCAAAAAGAAGUGCCAGGUGGAAGACAGCGAAAGACGGAAUGGGGCUACUAAUCAUGCGGAAAAAAUUGAACUCCCAAAUACUGCAAAAGUGGAAGUUGAAGUAACACCACCAAACGAUGGUUCAGGACCAGUGCAAAAUGGAAAUAUUGUCCAUGGAAUUGAAGAGAAUUCAGAAGAUGAUGAUGAAGAGCAGCCUCUCAGCCUGGCCUGGCCUGACACCCUACGCAAACAGUUCAUGUAUCUUGCUGUUUUCCCCAUUGUUUUUCCAUUGUGGAUUACCCUGCCAGAUGUCAGAAAGCCUUCCUCCAGGAAAUUUUUUCCUGUCACAUUCUUUGGAGCAAUCACUUGGAUAGCAGUUUUUUCUUAUUUAAUGGUCUGGUGGGCACAUCAGGUUGGCGAGACCAUUGGCAUUAGUGAAGAAAUCAUGGGAUUGACUAUGUUAGCUGCAGGCACCUCUAUCCCUGAUCUAAUUACCAGUGUUAUUGUGGCACGAAAAGGCCUAGGUGAUAUGGCAGUAUCCAGCUCUGUUGGAAGCAACAUCUUUGACAUCACAGUGGGCCUUCCCCUUCCAUGGCUCCUGUAUGCUGCAAUUAACAACUUCACCCCAAUGACUGUCAGCAGCAAUGGAUUGUUCUGUGCUAUUGUCCUCCUCUUCAUCAUGCUACUCUUUGUCAUCCUCUCCAUUGCGCUCUGCAAGUGGAGGAUGAAUAAAUUCUUGGGCUUCACCAUGUUUGGUCUCUAUUUCAUAUUCCUGAUUGUCAGUGUCCUUCUGGAGGACAAAGUGAUCUUGUGCCCUGUCUCCAUCUAGUAGGAAGUGCCGUUUCUCGAACAAAAGAAAUAUCUGCAAUGGACUGCGUCUCCUGAGAAUAAACAGUGGAUC